CAUAUUCGAGAAAAGCGGGAACUGCAAAUUUAUAUAUACAUAUUUUCAAUCUUAUAAUAAUAUGCUGGAAAAAUCCCCCUAUUUUUAGGGUUUGCGCUUCUCCUUCAAGAGACACCUAGAUCUUCAGAGUGUAGCUAGUUGAACGUUAUGGAUGAUAACUACUCGGGGGAUUCAUUUGGUGGAUUCUUUCAGAAUGGGAGUGCACGGAGAUCUAUCACUUUCGAUCAUGACAAUACUAGUACUGCCGAUGUUGAGAUAAAUGCUCCAAAGAAGAAAAGGGUUUCAAGAACGACGGGUGGAGGGCUGCGCCAGUUCAGUGCCAUAGUUUGUGACUUGUUGGAGAGCAAGGGAAGAACAACCUAUGCUGAGCUUGCAGAUUACAUAAUGUCAGAGUUAGCUGGAAAUGACAGUGAAAAAGCAACAUCUUUGAGCGAGUUUAAUGACAAAAAUAUACCACGGCGGGUAUAUGAUGCAUUAAAUGUUCUUGAGGCAUUGGAUAUCAUCACAAGAGUUAAAAAAGAAAUCAAGUGGAAUGGGAUUCCAGACAGAAAGAUGGAUUUGGAAGGAAUGAAGGCAGAGUGUGUCAAAAUGAUGAAUAGGAUUGGAAGGAAAACGGCUUACUUGAAAGACUUAGAAGAGCAAUUUGCAGAUCUCCAAAAUUUGAUGUAUUGCAAUAAAGAGUUGCUUAAGAGUGGAAACUCUCGUCCUGGGGGAUUUUCUUUGCCAUUUAUACUGGUCCAGACAAGCCGUGAUGCUACCGUCGAGAUUGAGAUUUCUGAAGACAAGCACAUGGUGCACUUCGAUUUCAAUAGUGCGCCCUUCUUCUUGCACGAUGAUACUUACAUUCUGAAGCUAUUGCGGCGUCACCAACCGCCGGAAAGAACAAAUCUAUCCCAAAAUUCUUCACCUUCUCCAUGUCCCAGCAUUGUAUCUGGAGGCGCCAGACCCUUUUAUUGGAGCUCUGGCACAGAAACUCCGAACUCCAAACUGAACAAAUGUUGAGAUGCUUUUACUAGGUUUAUGAAACUUUGUAUAAAAAUCGUUAUAGGCUUUUCCCUUAUUCUUCUAAAUGGCUUUAAGGUAAUUUUGUUUCAGUUUUAUU